AUGUUACUCUGUCACUCUGUGUCCUUCGUAUGUGUGUGUGUGCGUGUGUGGCCAUCGGCGCUUCUGUGGUGCAAAAGAGUUUCGAUCCUCCAACUCCCCGAGGCCCCCCCUCCCCGCCCACAUCAGAGACCCCAUAGACUCAGCCAGCGACGCUAG